GUUUCUCGAAUCGCCAUUAGUUAAAUAAGCACAGACGGUAAAGGAUGCGAACCGAAAAAUAAAUUCGACAACGGGUUCUGCCAUAACCUCAAUUUGCGGUUGCUUUGAAUUUGCAAGCAGGAAAUAAGAAAUAAAAUGUUUGUUAGUUCCAGGUUUUUCGGGAUUAUAAACGCCACCAAGACUGCCAGUAGUGCGGUGAUUGCACCCUGCUUGACCCGUCAUUAUGCGGCUAGAAAAGGUACCCGAGCGCGCCGCGAAAAAGGCAAAGUUAAAGUGCAAAAAGAAAAGGCCGGUUUUAUCCCGCACAAUUUACGUAACAAGGAUAAAAUAUUGGAAGGCAGACAAUCGAGGAAAUUCAACGAUGACUGGAAACGCCUGCCGAUAGACAAUGUCUACCCGAUGAAAUAUUAUAGGUGGAUUGUAUAUCCUUUCGACGAAGCAGUCAAGGCGCAUAGAGAGACUCACCAUCCAGAAAUAUACAACCAACCUAAUGCCCCGCUUCAUGUUUCUAUUGAGCUCAACAUGCAAGGGGAAAAAAAGACGAAAUUCGUGGACAAUUUCAAUAGAACAGUGGCCAUUAAGCAUAAAUUCAACCAAGGCGAUGAAAGGUCCAUUAUAGUGUUUGCAAAAAAUGAGGAAAGCCAGCGAGAAGCGCUGAAAGCUGGCGCUCAACUUGCGGGAGGAGUUGACUUAAUAAAACAAAUACAAGGCGGUCAGUUGAACCUUCAAGACUUCCGGUAUGUGGCAGCUCAUCCGGAUAUACUGCCGGAACUGGUAGUUUUAAGAGGACUCAUGAAAAGGAAGUUUCCCAACCCAAAAUUGGGAACUCUGGAGUUGGAUCUUGGGAAAGUAGUGGAUCGCUAUUUGAAUGGUAUAACCUACACAGCUCAGAAAGACGAGUUCGAAAAGGACUUUGGGCUUAUCACUACCAUAAUAGGGACACUCGACAUGGACCCAAAGCAUUUAGAAGUUAAUUUUUCAGACUUAGUUAAAGAUGUGCAAUUGAAUAAACCAAAGCGAGCAGGCUCGUUUAUUACAAGGUGUCUCUUGUGGAGCCCUCCUUCACAAGAAGAAUUAAAAGUGGACCAUACACUAUAUUUAGAUGAACCAGUUAAUGUGGGCUCAGAAGAGGAGGAAGAGAUCCAAGAACAAGUGAAACAGGAGAUAACUCUAUAAUUUUUUUUGCCCAGGUAGUUUUAGGUGUAAUUUUUCCACAUUUCUGCAUAAGUGAAAUAAAAACUAAAU